CAUGUGAUAUGCCACCAUGUGACUCUUUUAUUAUCCUGUGCUACCGAAGCUAAUAAACAUUUGGAAAAGGUUUGUCCAGCGAUUAGAUCUAGCAGCAUUCUAGCUAGAUAUAGAUUCUUUAUAGAUCUAGAUCUAUAUAUUAUUUAGUCAUCUAAGCUUUUGUAAACAGUGACCAGCAACAAUGCUCAGGGUAGCCAUCUUGGUGCUCUCAGUCAGCUAUGUCUUGGCUGGACCUGCGUACAUGAAAUAUUUUAAGAUUGAGCCUGCAAUCAACACAGCUGAGGAGAAGCAUAAGGCUCCAAAGUUUCCUGAUGUUGAGGCACAUCAAGGUCACAUGAACUCUGCGGCCGCUGGUUCUGUUUACAAACUCUCUUAUGCAGAUUACAAAGAGACAUGGGAAAAUUUUAAAGCCAACCACGAUAAAAAGUACGAGACUGAAGAAGAGGAACGUAAGAGGUAUGCCAUCUUCAUGGAAAAUGUCAACUUUAUUGAAUAUCACAACUGGAAGUACCACAAUGGUCAUUCUUCUUACUAUUUGGAUCUCAACCAUUUUAGUGAUCUAACCAAUACUGAAUACCGCAUGCUCCAUGGUUUUAUGUCUAACCGCACGAGACCCAAUCGCGACUGCAACGAGUAUCACCCAGCCACAAAGACAGUAGCAGAUGCUGAGGACUGGAGAGCCAAAGGUCUAGUAACUCCAGUGAAAAAUCAGAAACAAUGUGGAUCCUGUUGGUCAUUUAGUACAACUGGAUCAGUUGAAGGGCAGUGGUACAAAAAGACAGGAGAACUCGUGCCCUUGUCUGAACAACAGCUUGUGGACUGCUCCAGCUCCUAUGGUGACCAGGGAUGCAAUGGUGGACUUAUGGACUAUGCUUUCGAAUACAUAAUAGAUGCUGGUGGUCUUGAGGCUGAAUCGACAUAUCCCUAUGAAGCACAGGAUGACACAUGCAGAUUUGAUAAGUCAAAGGUCGUGGCCAAAAUUAGUGGAUGUGCUGAUGUAGUGCCACAGGAAAGUGAAGAAGCUCUUAAGAUUGCUGUAGGUAACAUUGGUCCUGUGUCAGUUGCUAUAGAUGCCAGCAGCGACGCCUUCCAGUCUUAUAAAGGGGGUAUAUAUGACAAUGUAGACUGCAGUCAGACACAGCUAGACCAUGGUGUUUUAGUUGUAGGCUACGGUAGCCAAAAUGGACAGGAUUAUUGGAUUGUUAAAAACAGCUGGAGUACGUCAUGGGGAAACAAUGGAUAUAUAUACAUGGCCCGUAACAAGAACAACCAAUGUGGCAUUGCAACAGCUGCCAGCUUCCCAAUUGUUUGAUACUGCCAUUGGAUAAUUGAAAUUUAUGAUAUUGCCGUGAAAUUCACUUUUGUUAUUUUUUUCACUGACAAGUAUUUUUGAAAGAUCUUAAUGUUAUUCUUAACAAUGUCUUUUUUUUUUUUUUAAUUUAUUUAGAAAGUAGUGAAGAUUGUUUUGGUAGAUUAUUUUUUAAAACUAUUAUUUUUUUGUUUAGAUUUUUUUUUCAACAAAUGUAUUUUAAAAUCGCUGUGUAUUAAUAAAAAAACAAAAAAAAAUUAAAAUGAUACCAUGAUGUUUAAAAAUACAUUUUUAUACUUAAGUAAAUUAAAUCAAAAUAUCACCUUCAAUAACAUUAUAUCAAGAACUAGGCUUUAGCUAUCCAUUAGAUUUUGUUUACAUCAUAUCUGUCAUAGAUUUGAAAAUAUGUACAUCAAUGACUGUUUGAUUCAAAAUUCAUGAAAAAUUGCAUUGGCUUCUAAGGAUUUAACUAAACUACAUAGUUUCAGUGUCUUGUAGUUCAGCUUCAGGGUAUAACUGGUAAUAGAGGAGAAUGCUAGUGCCUUAGAUAGUAUCACAUUCCAUAUUUUGAAAUGAAAUCUCUUCGAGUUUUUUUUUGUUUUUAUAUACAUGAACACAAAUUUUUUGUUUGUUUUUAAUUUCCUAUUUCAAGAGCAGAUCUGAAGGUUUUUGUUUUUUUCUCAAUCCUGGUAUCCAAAACAACACAAUGUUUUAUUUGUUUAAAUUUUUAACAUGUUUGAUUUGUAAUUUAAUAUCAAAUGUGUGUGUGUAUUUUUUUUUUUUUUACCUGGUUCCAAUGUAUGUUUUGGCUAUUUGCUGUGUUUGGUGAGUGCGCAGGGUUGGUUGCUUGUUUAUCUGAUGUAUUUAGUUGUAUGUUUGUCUUCUAUAAAUACAUGAAAUUGUAAAUAAACUUCAACUGUAUGUGUA